ACACACAGUCCGGGCCUCGGUCUCUCGCCCUCUCGAUGCGCGCCAUCCCCGCCGACAUGAAGCUGCUGCUCGUCACGGCGCUGCUCGCCGCCUCCAUCAUCUUCCUGCUCUUCCCCAGCGGCUCCGAGGCCGACGAGAAGAAAAAGGGCCCGAAAGUAACAGUCAAGGUGUAUUUCGAUCUAAGGAUAGGAGACGAAGAUGCAGGUCGCAUUGUCUUUGGUCUUUUUGGAAAGACCGUUCCAAAGACGGUUGAGAAUUUCGUAGCAUUAGCAACCGGAGAGAAAGGAUUCGGUUACAAGGAUAGCAAAUUCCACCGAGUGAUCCCAAACUUUAUGAUCCAGGGUGGAGACUUCACUCGUGGGGACGGCACUGGUGGUAAGAGUAUUUAUGGCGAUCGAUUUCCUGAUGAAAACUUCAAGCUGAAGCACUAUGGACCUGGCUGGGUCAGCAUGGCCAAUGCUGGCAAGGACACGAAUGGCUCCCAGUUCUUUAUUACCACAGUGAAGACUUCCUGGCUGGAUGGGAAGCACGUAGUCUUUGGGAAAAUCCUGGAGGGAAUGGAUGCUGUUGACAAAAUAGAGCACGCAAAAACAGACGCCAAAGACAAACCGUUGAAAGAUAUAAUUAUUGCUGACUGCGGUGUGAUCGAGGUAGAGAAGCCCUUUGCAAUUGCCAAAGAAUAACAUCUUACAAGGUCUGGAUCGGAGAGUUUGUUGCUGCAGGGUCUGUACUUCUGGCCUCAAAGCUGUAAGAUGCAUCUUAAAUUCAUUGUUAUUCAGCCAUCUGUUUAACGUAAACUGCUAUUGGACCAACUGGGGCUUAGAGAUAAUUCCAACAUCGCAAAUUUGUAAAAGAAACUUAAUAAAUGACUUUUGUAAUG